GUGCAGAGGAUCACCCAUCCCUCUUUUAGAAGAGAACAAACAAAUGAGGAACCUAAACGCCGCCGUUGGGGCAGUCUUGCUGGUUGCCUUAGUGGGAUGGCUGAUGAUAUGGGUAAUGCUGCCCACAAAGGCUUACAAGAAUUCAUGGGAUCCAAACCUUUCAUCCACCCACUUCAACUCGGUUUAUUUCCAGGGACAAGGGACGAACCUUCUGCUCUUCUCCUUUCCUGCCAUGUUCAUAGCUGCUUUGGGAUGUGUUUAUCUUCAUUUCCACACCAGACUCCAGGGACCCUUCUCAUCCUCCAAAAGAGAAGUCAAACCCAAACUAAUUUCUCCCUUGUGGAGGCCAUAUGUGAUCUCCCCGCUGGGGAUAGUCACAGGAGUGGAGCUGGCUUUCAUGGCGAUGUUCAUAGCACUCCUCAUCUGGUCCCUGGCCAAUUACUUAUACGUUAGUUUUGGCCACCUCCACAUGCACAAACAAGGAGAAAAGAUUUGGCAGGCCAAGUUUCGCAGCGUAUCACUGAGGCUAGGCUACGUUGGGAACAUAUGCUGGGCGUUUCUCUUCUUCCCUGUGACUAGAGGGGCUUCGUUGCUGCCUCUUAUAGGGCUCACUUCGGAUUCCACCAUCAAGUACCAUAUUUGGCUAGGCCACGUUUCUAAUGUCCUCUUUGCUCUGCACACAAUUGGGUUCGUCGUGUAUUGGGGGAUGACUAACCAAAUGUCCGAGAUGUUGGAGUGGAGCAGGACAUAUGUAUCAAAUGUAGCUGGAGAAAUAGCAAUGGCGAUAGCGGUGGUAAUGUGGGUGACCAGUUUUGGUCGUGUUAGGAGAAAGAUGUUCGAAGUCUUCUUCUACACUCACCAUCUCUACGUUUUGUACAUACUGUUCUACCUGCUCCACGUUGGUGCUGAUUACCUGUGCAUGAUCCUUCCUGGGAUGUUCCUUUUCAUGAUCGACCGUUACUUGAGGUUCUUGCAGUCUCAAAGGAACGCCAGAUUGAUCUCUGCUCGACUCUUGCCUUGUGGUAGCGUUGAACUCAACUUCUCCAAGUGCCCUGGGUUGAAAUAUAAUCCAACAAGCAUAUUGUUCAUAAAUAUCCCCACCAUUUCCAAGCUGCAAUGGCAUCCUUUCACUGUCACUUCAAAUAGCAACUUGGAGCCCAAUAAUCUCAGUUUGGUCGUAAAAAGUCUGGGAAGUUGGUCACGAAAACUUUCCCAACAAAUCUCCUCCUCCGUGGAUCGUCUCCAAGCUUCAGUUGAAGGCCCCUACGGACCCAUUUCAUCCCAUUUUCUCCGGCACGAGGAACUAGUGCUAAUCAGUGGCGGAAGCGGAAUCACCCCCUUCAUUUCCAUAAUCCGCGAAAUCAUCUUCCAGAGCUCAAACCCUAACCCGCAAAUCCCAUCACGAAUCCUUCUGAUUUGCGCUUUCAAGAACUCCACGGAUCUCGCCAUGCUCGACCUCCUGCUGCCCUUCGAUGGCACGCCCCAUCCGAUUCCCGAGUUGUUGAACCUUCAGAUCGAAGCCUACAUCACCAGAGAGAAAGACCAGCCCACCGAUUCUGAGAAACAACCGGCGCAAACCAAACGGUUCAAUCCGGCCCAAUCGGACAGGCCCAUCUCAGCGAAUCUCGGACCCAACGCAUGGCUCUGGCUCGGUGCAAUAAUAGUGUCAUCUUUCGCCUUGUUCGUCCUCCUCCUCGGGGUUGUGACUCGGUUUUAUAUUUACCCGAUUGACCGAAAUGCCCACGACGGCAGCUACCACUACUCCUACUUCAUCCUCUGGGACGUCUUCCUCGCCUGCGCCGGCGUACUCGCUGUCUCUUCUAUGGUUUUCCUCGUCAAGAAAAGGAGGGAUUUGGCGGAAGGGAAUAGAGUGAAAGGCCUGGAAGUGGGAGUUUCGCCGCAGCCGCCGGGAAGUUUUGUCGGAGAGGUGGAAAGUGUGCCGGUGCAGUGCGUUGCUGGAGCUACCAACGUGCAUUUUGGACGGAGGCCUGACCUCAAGAGGAUACUGUUGGGUUGCGGAGCGUCGGACGUUGGGGUGAUGGCUUGUGGGCCGAGAUCGUUGCGACAUGAAGUAGCCCAGAUCUGUUCACCAGGCUCGGCCCAAAAUCUGCACUUUGAGUCCAUUAGUUUUAAUUGGUGAUCCACUACUGUCUUCUCAAAUUCAUCACUUUUCUGUGUCAAAUAUGGAUUUGGAGUUGCCAGAAGUUUGAAAAAGUUAAUCCUUUGUGUACUCAAAGACAAAUAAGAGAAUAAGAAGCUGUAUUCUGUACAAUAUGGUGUUUGUUUGGGUUGAAGUAUUGCAUUUUAUCUCUCAAUUGUUUUGGUUUCUGAUAUAAAUAAAUAAUGUUACGACUU